AUGUCAAAAUACGAUCCAGAGCUCGUCUCCGAUAUCUCUGGACGUACUCACGAAACGCUCGGCACUCUCAGGGGCCUUUUGCACCUCCCAAGCGAAGUCCAGCGCUUCUUUAGUGACAAAGCAACCUCAAAAACUCCGGAUAACCUCGCUGUUGCCUGCUUAGAAGAGGGAGCGACGCAUGGAAACUUUCGUCUCCUGAAGCGGAUCAGGCUCAACUACACCGACGCGACUAUAACAAAGUGGGUUAGCAACAAAACGGGUCUUAAAGUGGUGCAUGUCGACUACCAAGGGCCCAUCAUCAACGGCUACUUUGCGGUCGCUACCGAAAUAUUCGACGACUCUGGGUGUCCUCAUACACUCGAACAUCUCGUAUUCCAUGGUUCCGCGUCAUAUCCGUAUUCGGAUGCACUUCAAAGGAUUGCUGCUCGAUCAUUCGCGUCCACACCCAACGCGUAUACGGCUCAAGAUAGGACGGUUUAUACAAUCUCGACAGCCGGAGAGGAUAGUUUCUUGCGUCUCUUACCCGUGUUUGUGGACCAUAUCCUCUAUCCACGACUAACGAACGAUACUUUCGUUACGGAGGUAUACCACGUCAAUGGCGAGGGCAAGGACAGUGGCGUAGUGUAUUCGGAAAUGCAAGGAAGAGAGAAUUCCCCAGGCGAUCUGGUGGACUUGGCAUACCGGCGCAAGCUAUAUCCUCAGGGAAGCGGUUACCGAAGUGAGACGGGAGGUUUAAUGGAAGCUCUUCGAACCCUCAGCCUGGAAAAGAUCAAGGCAUACCACAAGAGCUACUACGCAUCUCAUAACCUAUGCCUCGUCGUCACUGGUCACCUGUCAACUGCCGCCCUCCUUGAUCAAAUCGAGAAGACGGUCGAAAAGAAUACCAUUCAGCGGAGUGGAUACUUACUUUCGAAUGAAGACGUCUCUAAAGAGCGUGCUGGCUCUAUAGACAGUGGCUACCAUCCACCCGAAGGAUGGAAGCGACCCUUCCUCGAAACGGAGAGCUCCAGAUUGCCAGUACUAGACAAGGACCAGGAGCUCAUUGUCGAGUUUCCUGCUAAGGAGGAAAGAUACGGCGAUGUCACAUUGAUCAUACUCGGGCCAAAACCAGAUGAAGAAAUUCUGCAUGCUGCACUGUCUCUUCUCGGCGAUUAUCUCGCUGGAAAUAUCGUUGCGCCUUUGAACAAGGAGCUUGUUGAUAUCCCCUUCCCAUACUGCACAUCGAUAUCCGUCGGCGGAGAAACCAGGGCUACAUUCAGUGAAAUGCAUAUCUCGAUGACAGAUGUGCCUCUCAAGCACCUAUAUAAUGUGGAGUCGAGACUAAGAAGCGCCGUCAAGCGGAUAAUAAAGCAAGGAAUCGACAUGAAGCGUCUUCAUGCGAUCAUUGAUCGAGAUGAGCUUCUAUGGCGUCAUGGCCUUGAGGAAAUCGGUGGCGAAGCAUUCUCUUCUGAUAUACUGGACGACUUUAUGUACGGCGAUGACGCAGGCUCAAAGCUGGCAAAGCGCCUUCAAAUGCCAGAGUACUACACUCAAUUACGUGGAUGGUCAAGUAAACAGUGGAUAGAGCUCAUAGACAGAUGGAUCCUUCAGCAAAAUGCUCUUAUAGUGCGAAGUAAACCAUCAGCGACCAUGUCGCAGCGCAUUGAAGACGAGGAACGCCACCGUGUAGAAUCUAGAAUCGCUGAAUUGGGCGAGGAUGGUUUAGAGAGACAAGCCCGAAUUGUCGAAGAAGCCAAGCGUAGGAACGACGAGCCUAUGCCGGACGAAAUCGCAGGCGCCUUUGCAUCUCCGAACGUUGCAUCUAUUUCUUGGAUUGACGUGCAAAGCGCUAGCACAGUUGCUGAUAGCGACCAAAUCGGCAGCGUGGAGGCAAACUCUGACUCACUGCGAGAGUAUUUGGAAACCGACCAGUGUGUUCUUCCCUAUACGCUCCAUUUCGACCAUGUCUCUUCGCAAUUCAUUACUGUCUCAAUAUAUAUCUCUAUGGGCCAAAUCCCAGUUAAGAUGAAACGGUUGGUCUACAUUCUUCAGACGCUAUUCUUCAGCGCAACGAUCACGUUGGAAGAUGGCACGAAACUCGAUGAGGACCAGCUUUUGCACAAGCUGGACCAAGAUCUCGUAUCUUACAGUUUCUCACCCUGCGACGCGUAUGAAGAAUUACUCUGUCUCAGCGUAACGGCAGAGACGUCUAAAUAUCCCACUGCCGUAGCAUGGAUACGGCGCCUUCUAUGGUCCAGAGAGGAGAACGUGAAGAAACUUGAGACACGUCUGGCUAUACUGAAGCAAAGUCUUCCGGAGGCACUGCGCGAUGUACAUACGGCAUUCUCGGACGUCCAAGCAGAAUUGCUCUUCACUGACAAGUUGACGGCUCGUCCGACCCAUGCGAGGAGACUUGUUGCAUGGGUACCAGAACUGGAGGCCCAGCUGAAGCGCAAUCCAAAGGGGAUUGUGAAAGACAUCGAGGCACUCAAGGACAUCUUGCUAAGACCAGAAGGAUUCACAUUCUCCGUCCUUGGGGAUGUGCUCAAGUUGGAGAAGCCAAGGACUACAUGGAUGGAGCAUUUCCAGACACUAGCAUAUGCAUCUCCACUUCCUAUUCCCCUCGUCAACGAGACACUCUCGGGAUUGGGUAAAUCGCCAAGUAAAAAGGCGGUCGUAGUUUCUCUCUCUAACAUAGAAAGCAGCUUCUCCGGCCACUUCGCGCGAAUGUUUACGGGUUAUAGUCACCCUGAAUAUGCGGCGAUGAUUGUGGCUGCAGAAGUCUUGAAUGGCGCAGAAUUAUACUUCUGGAAACGUAUCCGAGGUGCUGGUCUGGCGUAUGGAGCGGCUGCUAGGCAUGACCUCCAAGCUGGGCUCAUCUCUUUCAGGGCAUGGAGUAGUCCAGACGCUGCAAAAGCAUUUGCUGAGGCCAAGAUGGUCGUAGAAGGACUGGUCGAUAGAACGAUCCCCUUGGAGCCGCAGAAACUCGAAGCUGCAAAGAACGCAUACGCUUAUACGGUCGCUGACAACUUUUCAACUCGUAUGAGCAUGGCAAGUCCUGCGGACUCCAUGUUCAUCAAUAGGGUAUUCCGCAAUCGAACCAAUGACUGGCUUAAACGGCGACUUGAAGACGUCCAGCACAUCACCACUGAAGAUGUGCUCGGGGUAAUGGAAAAGUAUAUUCUCCCUGUUUUUCGAGCAGAGAGCUCCAUUUCCAUCAUCGUCUGCGGGCCAAAUCAAGCCGAUGGGAUAGUGCAAGGGUUGGAGCGGGAUGGAUACGAGGUUGAAAUCCGACAUUGGGACGACCGUGUGCCUUGGAGCACAGAAGCUGAGCAAAGGUAG